CAUUGGGAAAAAUUUGUGAAUGGACUGAUUUCGCAUGUGUACGAUCAAAACGAACCACGUUGUCGUUCGUUGAUGUGCAGUGUGAUGUGUCAUUGCUAAAGUACAUGUACACGGACAGUAUACCACACUCGGAAAAGCAGCGUGUACCCUCGUGCACAUGAAUGCUCUAUUUUGGAGAAUUUCAUAACAUCAAAACACUUCCAUUUAGCCCCAUUACCGACGUGACACAUCUCAGACACGUUACGAACAAGUGGAUUGAUUUCACCUUCUCAAUUUCACGCGGUUUGCCAGACGAUUUUACUCUGGAUUUUACCAGCGGCCAGCCAAGUUUUGAGUACGGACGAGUAAUUGGGUCAUCGGCCGGUCGAUCGAGCGGUGAAGUGCGGCGCGGUAUACACAAGCCACAGGUAUCUUGGCGAGACCAGCUGCAGAGGCGAUCGCGCUCCGGCCCCCGUCCCAUCUCUAGCGGGGUUCACGGACGCUGUAUCCUGCAUGACUUCGUAGUUUUUUAAGGAUUUUCCCCACAAUGUAUCACAACGGGCUCGAGGCGGACUCCGCGAUGGUCGUACCAGACAUGACCAUGUUGGACGCAUCGCACAAGACGCAUAUUAUUAUACAUAGCCACAGCCACAGUCACAGCCACGACAGCUUCAGGCCGGGCAAGCCCAGACCGAGAGCGCUGGAGAUGGUGAGGUUUUACAAGGCGGCCAGCCCCGGUGAGUCGCUGAAGGAGUCGGACCGAUACAGCAGAAUGGUCGACGUGUCUGAAUCGACGAGUGCUGUGAAGACCGAGCCCAAUGCCCAGGAAGUGCCCACCGGGUUCGAGCUGCCGGACGAGUUGUCGGGAAGCCCAGUUGAUCUACACCCGGCCGUGCCGCCCCCAACUCCGGGCACCAACGCGUUAAUGAAUGCCUGUCUACGCGAGAGUUUCAGCAGUUUCCAGAAGGAGCAAGAUCGGCUGGGAAUCCCCCGAGACCCAACACAAUGGACGGAGUGCCAAGUGGUGGCGUGGGUCCUGUGGGCCAUCAAGGAGUUCAGCCUGGAGGGUGUCUCCGUCUCCAAUCUGCGCAUCCCGGGCCACGAGCUCUGUGCGCUGGACAAGGCCGACUUCCUCAGUCGGGUGCCGCCCUUCAUGGGGGACAUUCUGUGGGAGCACAUUGACAUGCUCCGAAAAGAAUGUGCCAGCCCACCGCCACAAUCCGAGCCCGUGGUUUCCACAGCGACGACGGUGACAACGACACAGGCAGACGUCAAGCUAGAAUCUGCCUACACGAGCUGCAUGCCGCGCUUCGACGACUUUCUCAGUCAUGGUUUUUCGGUGGAGCAACCGCAGGCGGUUCCCGUGGCCACCACCCCCACCACCUUCAGCGACGGCAUGUACCAGAUCUCGGAGUCGCUGCAGACCCUCAACGAGUUCAACGCGGAGGACAUCCUGAACAUCAAGCAGGAGGACCCCGGCAGCAGCUCGGACUACUACAGCCUGGAGCCCUCGCCCAGCUCCAACAACUACCUGGAGGCGGCCACGCCCGAGUUCUACAGCAACCCUAUGAUGUUUGACCCCAACGCCACAUACUUCCAGAACAACAACUACAGUAAAAAUCACUUCGCUGGCUUUGACGCCUUCGACACCCCCACUAAUGGCUACCAGCAGGUGCCCAUCUGCAAGUCGCUGUCGGAUAGCUGCACAAGCUCCGAACUCAACGGACUGGUCCACAACGUCACGAGGUCCAACUCCCCCUUAGAGAGCCCCUCAAACCCCGUCAUCCCUGCAGCUGUGCUCGCUGGCUAUUCAGGGAGUGGUCCCAUCCAGCUCUGGCAGUUCCUCCUGGAGCUCCUGACAGACCGGACCUGCCAGCACAUCAUCAGCUGGACCGGGGACGGCUGGGAGUUCAAGCUGUCCGACCCGGACGAGGUGGCCCGGCGCUGGGGCAAGCGCAAGAACAAGCCCAAGAUGAACUACGAGAAGCUGAGCCGGGGCCUGCGCUACUACUACGACAAGAACAUCAUCCACAAGACGGCCGGCAAGCGCUACGUCUACCGCUUCGUCUGCGACCUGCAGAGCCUGCUGGGGUACACCCCCGAGGAGCUGCACGAGAUGGUGGGCGUCAGCCCGGCCCGGGAUGACGACUGAAUGAAGCCCCGGCUGCGGCAGACCGAUCUCUCCUCCACAAAACUCCCUCAACGUGUUUCUCUUUUCCUCACUUCUGAAGAGGCACCGAAGCCUGGAUGACUGCAUCGUUGAAACUUUUAAUCCCAGCACCAUUCUCUUAUUUGGACAGGCCGUGGGUUUACACCUUGCGCUUGUCGUAACUCUUGUUUUCUUGGGCGAAGUUCGGGCAAGGACCAUUAGUCGACCAGUGGUUGAUUUGUGACGUACCUUAUGCCUGCGCACUGAUAGCAACGUGCGAACGU